AUGAAUAUUUCUGAUGAUCAUCAAGGAACAGCACACAAAAAUCACAAGACUAAAUCGAAAGAAAAACAAAUGCAAAUCGAUAUUGAAUUUCAAAAUCAACCAGUCCGCACAUCUUAUACAUCAGAAGUAGAAUUUGAUGAAGAAACGUCUAUUGAUAAUCAAGAACAAACUAUAAAACAAGCCGAACAGGUUGAUGUUGCGACUAAUAGGUCCACUAAACCAAAGCAUCGAGUUUCAAAGACAAUCGGUAUAAAUGAAAUUCUACCAAAUCCUAGCGAACCGAUUACAUUUGAAAAUGACCCAUCCCCGAUCAUUGGAUAUGCUGCUGAGCCUAUAUUGCCACUUCCUCUGGCAUGUGCUCCACUCUUUGAUAUUCUUUAUAAUUUGGUGUUUUAUGUUCAGUUGGCACUAGAUGAAACGCCCGAAAAUCCACCAAAUGGUUUAACAGUUCAUGAAAGUGCUGCAAUUCGUCUAUAUACUCUCGAAUGGGAAACACCACAUAAAAGUCUCUAUUCAAUGCUCAAUUACACUCUUAAAAGUAGCAAUCGUGAAGAACUUCGACCUUAUUUCAAGUAUAUGAAAUUAUUCUUGACUGCACUAGCUAAAAUUCCGUGUGAGCCAAUUACAACUGUUUGGCGUGGAGUUAAAAAAGAUUUGAGUGCAGAAUUGCAACCUGGUACUUCACUGACAUGGUGGUCAUUUUCUUCAUGUACAAAAUCACUGACUGUACUCGAGAAUAACAUGUAUUUAGGCACUGAAGGAGAGCGAACUCUUUUUUCUGUCGAAGCCAUCAAUGGACGAAUAAUAAGCGAUCAUUCACAUUUCACCACAGAAGAUGAAGUUCUUCUUCUACCCGGCACUCAUAUGGUAGUUGUAUCUCACUUGGUUCCAUCACCUAACCUUUAUAUCAUUCAUUUGAAACAAGUUAUACCAGAGGAAACCUUGUUGGAACCUCCAUUUAAAGAGAUUAUAUGCAAAGAUCCAUAUUCAUUACGAAGUGUCUCUAAGACUGGAAAAACACCGGUUGCUUUAACAUUUGGUGAUUUUAGAAAUCAGGACAUAAUCGAUCUAGCAGUGCUUAACUAUGAUGAACAAAGUGUUGAUUUUCUUCUUGGUAAUUCCAAGAAUACGUAUGAGACUGAAAUUAUCUAUGAUACAGGUUCUGCUCCAAGUUUUAUAUUCACUGGUGAUAUAAACGGCGAUGAAUUGCCUGAUAUUAUAAUAGCGAAUGAAAACGAUGGAACAAUAAGUGUGCUUCUUGAUAAUCCAGAUGAUUCAUUUCAAUCAACGACCACUUAUCAAGUUGGUCAAAGACCUGUGUCAGUGACAAGCGCUGAUUUCACUGGUAACGGUGACUUUGAUGUCAUAGUCGUGAACUAUGGUGAUAAUACUCUUCGAUUGUUAUUUGGUACGGGAGGUCGAUUUUCUGAAAUAUAUAUUAAUAUUGCAGUUGGUCUGCAACCAAUCUGUAUCAUAUCAGGUGAUUUUAACUUGGAUGGGAGAGUUGAUUGGGCAGUUGUCAAUAACGGAGAUAAUACUAUAAAUGUGGGCAUCGCACGUGGAUUUGGAAUUUUCGAAACUUCACAGAUUUAUAAGGUUGGUCACCAUCCAGUUGCUAUUACAACCACGGAUUUAAAUCAUGAUGAAAUAUUAGAUUUGAUUGUGGCAAACUAUGGCGAUAAUAGUGUAAGUGUGUUACUCGGCAUUGAUGACGGAACGUUUCAGGCUCAAAUAUCUUACGAUGUUGGUAUUGGUCCUAAUGCUAUUGCUACAGCCGAUUUCAAUAAUGAUUUACACAUGGAUAUAGCAUUAACUCUUUUGAAUGAAUCUUCCGUAAGCGUGCUCUUCGGAGAUGGUAAUGGAGGUUUUCGAAGUCCUAACAAGUUUAAAGUCGGUAGUUCUCCCAAUAGUCUGACAGCAAACGAUUUCAACAGAGAUCAUAAAAUAGAUGUAGUGGUGACUAAUUCUGGAGAAAACACCUGGAUGAUAUUGAUUAAUAUGGGUAAUGGAACAUUUCAAAGUGGCUUCCACUAUGCUAGUGGUUUGAAUCCGGUAUCGAUCGGUGCAGCUGAUUUUAAUGUCGAUCAAUUCAUUGAUGUAAUGGUAAUCAAUAAAGGAGAUAAUACUGCUUCUCUAGUACUAUGCAAUGGAGAUGUAGCUCAUGAUUUGAAUAAUGACAUGAACCUAGAUCUAGUUAUUGUCGUCAUGAUAAAUGAUAGCGUUAUUAUUAUGUUGGGUAAUGGAGAUGGUACCUUUCGAAAUAGAACAAAGUUGAGAACUGGUACUCAACCAUCUUCUGUAGCAAUAAAUGAUUUCAACAACGAUCAAAUACCAGAUCUAGCCGUGAGCAAUCGUGGCACUCAAACUAUCAGCAUCUUAUUAGGGCGUGGAAACGGUAAUUAUCAGUUCCACAAGAUGUAUGAGUGUGGUGUUAAUCCGAAUUCUGUUAUAUCAGCAGAUUUCAAUCUUGAUCAAAACAUGGAUCUUGCAGCAGCCAAUAUGGGUGAAAAUAGUUUCAGUAUUUUAUUGGGUACAGGCAAUGGAACUUUUCCAGGUCAUAUUAGAUAUCUUGCUGAAAGAGAGCCAGUUAUUAUAAUGUCGAACGAUUUCAAUGUUGACAACAAUACCGAUAUAGCAGUAGUCAAUCGACUUUCGAAUAAUGUAGAAAUAUUCUUUGGUGGAGUAAAUAUGACAUUUUCAACUAUAAAACACUAUGGAACAAAUAAUCAACCAGGCCCUGCAGUUGCCUAUGAUUUUAAUAAAGAUGGGAAGGUUGAUCUUGCUGUACUGCACACACUUUCUAACGAAUUAUAUGUUUUUCUCAAUCAAUGUUCAUAA